UAGAAUUUUGUUUCAUUUAGUGAUCACCUUCGUUUACUCAAUUGUUUAGCUGGUUUAGUAUACUAUCAGAGCUAAUAUGACAACUUGCUGCUACAAUAUGAUUGUUUUAGUAAGAAAAUACGGCUCCAAAGGGUUAUGAUAAUAAGAAGGUAGCAUAAUAUAUACAGAGAAUGAGAGAGGUUAUGUAGCAUUUUGCGCAUUAUAUAGCAAAAGCAAUAUGAUAGUUUUCAUAAAUUGUAAAAAUAAUAUCAUUUAUCGCAAAGUGCAUGUUGUGAUUAGAAUCAGAUCAUUGGCGCACUCCACACUAUCUGUUUUGAUGUCAAUCGCAAAUGUCAUUUUUUGAGUUUAUUUUAUCUAUUGCCACUUAAUUACUCUGUAUGAAAUUCUAUUAAUCCUUUGAGUCAUAGAGUAGCAUAAUAAUGCAUUCGUUUGACCAAUUUGAAAGCUAAUGUAAUUGAAUAUUUUUUAUAAAACAAAUAAAUUUGACGUUAAAAGAUGUUAUCUCUAGACCGAUGUAUCUCGUGUUUUAAUCAAUAUUUAUUUGUGUUACUUUCAAAACACACUAAUAAAAGUAUUUUCUAUAGUUUGAUGAAAAAAAAUUGUAAUUCUGUUUUAACAAAUGUCACGUUGAUGGCCAUUUGCAGUUCCAUUUGAUUAGAGGGGGUAUUCUUGGUGUAAAUAUAAACAAACUUCGCCGCUUCAUUAUGCAGUUAGAUAACUAAUAAUUUAUUCGCGCGAAAAGAAACAACAAUCGUAUUAAACAUGAUUUUACGGUUGCUGUCUUCGCUCAAUGGUCACCUGGGUAAGCCUACUUCGAUUCUAGCUACUCUAGGAACCCGUUACCCGUCCUGCGGGAGUGUGAUCCGUUCGACCGUACAGCGGGGGCAGUCGACCCAAGCACCGGCAAACCGCGUGUACGAUGUGAACACCAAAGUUCCCAAGGAUGUGAUGCUGUUUAAGUACGAAAAUCCGCGCUUCUUCAAAGUGUUGAACAUCUUUGCCGUGUCGCAAUUUCUGUUCUGGGGCUAUCUGUGCCACUUUUCCUACACCACGCUGAAGGAUGCCCCCGUGCAGGAAGAUGGCAAAGAGGACCUACCAUGGUACAAAAGGGUAAAUUUGGGAGAAAAUAAAUACCGCAAUGGCAUAGCGAUAAUGUGCUUCUUCAUAGGAUACGGAGUGCUGUUCGCUUCGUGGAUGUUCACGUUACGAUCCGUACGCUAUUUGGUGUUGCGCAAAGGUGGCGACAAGGUGAGCGUCGUUACAUAUGCUCCGUUCGGGACCAACCGAAUCAUGGACGUGCCGCUGAAGUACGUUUCCGCGCAGGAGUCUCGCGAGGCAGCACGUGUCACGGUACCGGUGAAGAUCAAGAACAGGGCACUGUUUUACAUGCUGGAUAUGCGGGGCGAGUUUACCAACACGAAGCUGUACGAUUAUACGGUCGGUUUGAGCCGAAAGCUGAAGUAAAUCGAAGCGAUAGAAACGGACACGCAAUAAACGGUAGGAAGUUACAUCUUAAA